AUGACAUACCGACAAAAUAGUUUUAUUGUUGAGGAAGCUCCUUUUGUUGAAAUAGGGGAAGUAGUUUUGGUUGUUGCUGUCGAGAAAGAGGGGUUAUUGUUAUCUCAAGGUUCACGUUUAUUUGAAUUCACACAAACUCUUCAGCCAAUGAUUAUUAAUUCAAAACCCGAUCAAAAAUCCGAACGAUCAGAAGUGAACAGGCCUAAUGUGAUUCUUCAACCGUGA